AUGGCUCUUUGGGUAGACAAGCACAGACCAACAAACCUCGACAAGCUCGACUACCACACCGAUCUCUCAGCCCACCUCAAGAAGCUGUGUGCUUCGGGCGACUUCCCUCAUAUGCUUGUCUUUGGACCUCCAGGAGCCGGAAAGAAGACUCGUGUCGUCGCUAUUCUUAGGGAACUCUUUGGACCUGGCGCUGAAAAGAUCAAAAUCGAUCAACGUAUCUUUGAGACGCCGUCAAAGAGAAAGUUGGAGUUGAACAUCGUGUCGAGCAACUAUCAUCUGGAGGUCAACCCAAGUGAUGUUGGAAACUACGACAGGGUUGUUAUUCAGGAUUUGCUCAAGGAGGUCGCUCAAACCCAGCAGGUCGAUGCCUCCGCACAGAAGCGAUUCAAAGUGGUGGUAAUUCACGAGGCGGAUCUGUUGACAAGGGAUGCACAGGCAGGAUUGCGUCGAACCAUGGAGAAAUAUAUGGGCAACCUGCGAAUCAUCAUGUGUUGCAACACAACGUCAAAAAUUAUUGGACCCAUUCAGUCCCGUUGUCUUUUGGUCCGGGUUGGCGCACCUACUUAUUCGGAGAUGGUCAGGGUCAUGCACAAGGUUGUCAAGAAGGAGCACUGUGGACCUUUGCCCGAGAACUUAGCCUUCCGCUUGGCUGAGGAGUCUGGACGGAAUCUUCGGAGAGCACUCCUUAUGCUCGAGACCGCCAAAGUGCAAAGUCACCCAUUCAAAGAGGACCAGGAGAUUCCACGCAUGGAUUGGGAAGAUUUCAUCCGCACAGUCAGAGUCCAGAUCUUGAAGGCUCAAACCCCAGAAUCUUUGCAGGCGGUCCGUGGACAGAUGUACGAACUUAUCAACCACUGCAUUGAACCCGCCGCGAUCCUGAAGACACUGGCAAAGGAAUUGAUUGAUAGGGUGGAGGGCAACGAAAUCAAGAUGAGGUUUGCACAGGAAGCUGCCUUUUACGAGCACAGGUUACGUACCGGACAGAAGGCCAUCUUCCAUUUGGAGGCCUUUGUUGCCAAGAUCAUGAGCGUCUACAAGAGGUAA